GCCGGCGGAGGAAGGAGGCGGCCGCCGGCCCUUCCCCGACCGCGCAUGCGGCUGUGCCGGGCCGGGGCAGCGCCGCCGCGCUCGGGGCUCCGAGUACGGCUCGUCCCUGCCCCCGGCCCCGCGCCCUCCUCCCCGGAGGGCCGUCGCCAGCGCCCCGGCAGAUGGGCUUAGGCUGGAGCAGCGCGGAGGAGCGGCAGCCCCUGCUGCCCCCACCGCCGCCCCACCAGCAGCAGCGGCGGCGGCCCCAGCAGCUGCAGCAGCCGCGGGGGGCUGCGGGGGGCCCGGCGGGGCCGGUGGCGGUGCCGGUCCGGCGGCUGGCCCCGGCGGCGGGUCGCGUCUACGGGCGGCGUUGGCUGGUGCUGCUGCUCUUCUCGCUGCUGGGCUUUGCGCAGGGCCUGCUGUGGAACACCUGGGGCCCCAUCCAGAACUCGGCCCGCCUGGCCUUCGGCUUCGGCGGCUGGGACAUCGCCCUGCUCGUCUUCUGGGGGCCCAUCGGCUUCGUGCCCUGCUUCUUCUUCAUGUGGCUGAUGGACAAGAAGGGUCUGAGGGUAACUGUAUUACUAACAUCAUCACUCAUGGUAUUGGGAGCUGGCCUGAGAUGUGUUCCAGUUUCAGACCUAGAAAUAAGGAAGAAGCUGAUUCAUGGAGGGCAGCUGUUAAAUGGCUUGGCGGGGCCAACUGUGAUGAACGCAGCACCAUUUCUUUCCACGACUUGGUUUUCUCCAGAUGAACGUGCCACAGCAACAGCUAUUGCAUCUCUGCUCAGUUACCUGGGUGCUGCCGGUGCAUUUUUAGUGGGACCUCUUGUAGUGCCAUCUCCUAAUGGAACAUCUCACCUUCUGCUGGUAUCACAAAGCAACACUGAGCACAUCAAGGACCGCAUUGAGGCUGUAUUGUAUGCAGAGUUUGGAAUGGUUUCCUUGAUAUUUUCCGCAGCAUUGGCCUACUUCCCCUCACGCCCUCCAUUCCCUCCCAGCGUGGCUGCAGCUAGUCAACGGCUUAGUUACAGGAGAAGCUUUUGCAGACUUUUAAGCAAUUUCCGAUUCUUGAUGAUUGCUUUAGCCUAUGCUAUACCACUGGGUGUUUUCUCUGGCUGGUCUGGUGUUCUGGAUUUGAUAUUAACGCCAGUUCAUGUAAGCCAAGUAGAUGCAGGCUGGAUUGGAUUUUGGUCUAUCGUUGGAGGUUGUGUUGUUGGCAUAGCAAUGGCAAGAUUUGCAGAUUUUAUCAGGGGCAUGUUGAAAUUUAUACUGCUGCUGCUUUUAUCUGGAGCAACGUUAGCAUCAACCUGGUUCACUCUCACCUGUCUAACUAGUGUCACUCAUCUGCCUUUAACCACAGCUACACUGUACACGUCCUGCAUUUUGUUGGGUAUAUUUCUCAACAGCAGUGUACCAAUAUUCUUUGAGCUCUUUGUGGAAACAGUCUACCCUGUUCCAGAAGGAAUUACCUGUGGAGUUGUCACCUUCCUGAGUAAUGUGUUUAUGGGAGUGCUUUUGUUUUUCCUCACGUUUUACCAUACAGAGUUUUCCUGGUUCAACUGGUGCCUCCCAGGAUCAUGUCUGCUCAGCCUGCUCCUCAUCCUGUGCUUCCGAGAAUCCUACGACAGACUCUACCUCGACGUCGUUGUCUCUGUCUGAUAACACAGGACUGCUGACUGGUUGGAAGAGACUGAAAGCUGAUUUUGCAGUCUGCACAUCUUCCUGGAUUUGCACAGCUGACCAGAGGAAAAACAUAGAAUUACAAGACUUAAUUGUGGCUUUAUUAGAGAGGGUGAGGGACAGGUUAUUUCUUAUGUUCAAGACCCCCUUGAUUUGCAUUAAUUGCAGGCAGAUAAACAUGGAACUUGAGUGGUGAUAAAGAUGCCUGAAAUGCACAAAGAGAAUAUAUCUGAUGUACAGGUACCAGUGUCAGAACUGGAGUUCUCUAUUUAAAAGGCUGUUCAUGUAGCAGUGAGAUGUAUGAGUCUGUGUGUGUGCAUGUGUGUGCGCCAACUCAAGGUUGUACACACUGGGGUACCAGUAACCUUCAAGUCUUCUAUCAGAAUAGGUAUAGUGAAUAAUCUCAACAAAAGGAAAGAAACAAAAAAAAAAAGGAAAAAUAUUUUUUUAUAAAUCUCUUAAAUUGCUAGUCACUUCUAUAACUAAUGUCCAUCAAACAGUUAAGCUAAAAUAAUUUGGUGCUGUACACUACAUUUACAUUAUAAUAAAGUGAUUUCUGAUAUAAGACACUGGUACCAGGGUUUUUAGCCAUACUAAAAUCCCAGUCAGUCCUUGCAAUGUUGUUAGAGGUGUUUAUCACCCUGGAGCACAUGUAUGCUGAACGAUAGCCGUAGCUGCCACUGAAACGUAGCUGCAACUGCAACCAGCAGUUGCCUCUGAAAUACUGCCGUGGCUCUGUAUGUCCUCAAUGCGUAGCGGCUGUGGUAUCUCAGAAGUUUACUGUAGAGUCACUCUUGGUGAAUGUUGCUGUUCUAAAGGCCGCCGCUGUCUCACCUUUCCAUCCCCCGUCUCCAAUACUGCUUUCUGUUUUCUAUUUACUGUGAAACCUGUGUUCAUGCCGCUAAAUACUGUUGGUGUGGAUGUUCACGUCCUGGUAGUUCUCUUCUGAUACCCUAAGGUGUGCAUGGCUUUUAGGAUUAGUUUACAACUGAGGGUGCCUAAGCAAUACUGUUUGUUAACCCAAGUCUUUAAAAAUCACAGUUUCCUUUAAAAAAAAAAAAAAAAGUUAUAGUUUGAUGGGGUGCCCUGAUGGCGAAAUGACAAUGAGUUUGAUGAAAAAUAACUCAUGAGUUUUGGCAUAAUAUGGGAAAUAUAAUGCCAGCUCUUUUUAUCAGUAGUAAUUGGUGGUCGUUCUGGCCCUUACUUGAACAUAGAUAUUGAAGACACUUUUAAUAGUUUUUUAACUCAAUUUUAAACCUGCUAAUAAUUUCUUAAUUAUCUGCUUAGAUUUCAGUUCAGCAUCAUUUACAGUAUUCCCCAUGUGUGUGUUCUGUGCUUUAUGUUAGGUGUGUGUGUGUGCAUAUUUAUAUCUAUGUAUACACAAAUAAAGCUUAUAUAUAUCUAAUAUAUAUAAGUUAUAUAAGGUAUGUGUUUACAUAGGUUUAUUUUAAAUAAUUAUGUCUCUGAAUGGUGGUGGUAUGCCACUGUUUGUAACUAAACCAGUCACUGCCGUGAACAAAAAUGCAUACAUAGGCUGUCUGUGACAUGGUUUAUUUUUUUUCAUGGGGUGAAUGAUUUCCUACUGUAGCUAUUUUAUAAUACGGAGCGCAUGCACAUGUUAGAGGAGGUUGGCGUGCAGAGUUCUUCGUCGAUAGAAGUUUGAAUCAAACGCCCUUUGCUCCUACGAGGGGCUCUCCUCUGCCACUCUUGAGUGAUACACUGUAAACUCACUCAAAUAAAACCUGAGUGCUA